AUGCCUGCCCAGUCGAAAUCCGCCCCAAAUCCCUCCCGCUUUGCGGAGAAGAUGGCCAAAAUAAAAAUUCCAGGAUUGCGGAAAUCUCGGACCAAUAUGGCUUCCAAAUCCAGUUCCGAGGAGUCUUCUCUUAAAACAGCUUCCUCGUCUUCAGUCCCGGAGGAGAAUUCCGGCAGUGGAGUUUUCAGGACGCAGUCGAGCAGCUCACUGAAUCUUACCGAUCGCACAUCUCCUGAGCGACGACCUCGUAUACCAAGACCUACAUCGGAGCUCAUAAAUUCGAGCCAUGUGCCCAGCUUUGGGAGUAGUGGAGUUGCCAGAUCUUCGUCACUUCCUAUUUCGCCAUUUGCACCUCGCUUUCUUUCGGUCCAAGAGAACCAAUGGGUGCAUCAGAGUGUCUUGCUUGUAUUUGGACAGGUUGGGCUACCUGAACGCCCAUGUGACGGAAUGAUAACUGUGCAUCAUCAUUUGGAAGGAUACCCACCGACUCAAUGGCCAGUUAAUUGUGGAUACUUCAAGGUUUUGGUACAUCUUGACCCUGGUCCAAACAGACUACGUUUUGACUUCACAGGGGCAAAGAUUCCCUGUACUAGCUCAAGCAUAGUCGUCAAUUUUUUGCCUCUCACAUCUUCCCCGCCAUUGUAUCUGGCCAUAGUUCUAGCUAAAGAUUCACCGGGCGAGUAUGAAUGCCAAAGUGACCGGAAGCAGCGGGAGGGAAAUGAUAUCCGAAUGGCGAAGCGGAAGCUUAGAAUGGCAGCCUACCUUGCCCAAGCUUUUACAGGAGAGCAGAUGUAUAGAAACAGACUAGGACGAAGAUGUUUCCGAUUAGAGGAAGAAUGGGCCGAGGAUUCACUGUCAAACAAAGAAAAUGGCGUAAUGCAUAGCAUCGCAAAAGUACAUGUCAUACGAUCAGAAAAGACAGUAGCUGAAAUUCAAAGUUUAGAGACUGCCCGAGACGGUGCUGCCCUCUUGGAUAUUGCAUCGGCUGCAGUUGAUAAAUAUUUUCAAUACUUUCAAAAUCUGUCCGUAAAUUCAAAGCGGCAUGUUGCUGUCCUGAUGUUCGACGCCAAAGAUGAUCUGAGAAUCGAAGGAUUGAUCAAUCAUUCGGCACUAAGUAACGAGGUCGGGGUGUGUGGGACUCGUUCGCUGUAUACAUUCCCUUCCUGCCUUGAAGAGGUUGUUCCGGCAUUCACGGACUGCACACGCAUCGAAGGUAAUUCUACUAGCGUAAAUGAAACGACCGAUCUCGGGAGCUUUUGGGAAGCAGCUACAUCCGCAAUGGGUAACAUGAUAGAGGCUUUUAUAAGCCCGCAGCCGCCCGUCCAGCCUCGUGAACUUGAUCGCAUAAAUAGAACAUUUACAACCAAGGAACCGUAUUCGUUCAAAACAAAAUCUGCUGGCAUAAGGAUAUGUCUUCCUCAAGAAGAAUGCAAUUGGUCCAGGGUUGAUUGUCUUCGAUUACGACACCACCCAUGCUUCCGCCUUCCAACAGAUCCGAAAUCUACACAGACGAUACCUAUCGGGCACAUUUGGAGUUCACAACAAAAAUUGAACGGGAAGUACAAUUACUCGAAAAUCUAUUCAGCAGGCCAAGGACAAACUAUUAUCGAUGAUUUUUCUGCAACGAAAGGGGCGAAGGUUCAACUUCCCAACGGAUAUGGGGUGGCAUAUAAAAGUUCUUCGUUGGGGCUUUCAGACACAGACGGAUCUAAGCCGCAAGAAGUUUAUCUGCACACGUUGACUCCAGGGAGGAUUCUCACAAGUAUUAGGGUCUUCCAUAGCACAGCACUAGACGGGUUGGAGUUUGUAUACGAGGAUUCAUCAAGCCAGUUGUUUGGACACAGGGGGGAUAAGAAUGAUCGGAAAACAGAAAUUUCGGAUUUCUCGCUGGACACUAGAAAGGGGGAAAGUCUUUUAGGUUUCAGCGUUCGUGCCGGGUCUUGGGUCGACGGCAUUGAAAUUUUGACUAGCUUGGGUCGCCGCUCCCCUUUAUUUGGGAAUCCUCAUGGGGGAACUAGUAGCACUUUAAUACCCCCACGAGGUCGCUCAAUUGCUGGAGUUUCCGGUAGUUGCGCCCAGUGUGUCGAUGGCUUCUCGAUCCUUUAUAAAUAA